UAUUCUAAUUUGAACUAAUUGUUAUGUAUAAUUAUAAUUUAGGGAUGCAAUUCAAACGUUACCAGUAUUCCGUCAUAAACAUGUUAAGUUAAUUACCUUUCCCAAACCAAUAACUUAGCCGUCGAUUUCCCCAAACAUAAACCCUACUUUUUACCUUCAUCAAACAUAAACCCUAAUCUCUACCUUCACCUUCUCUCUCCAAGACCUUGCCACUCCGUCUAGAACCUGUCUCUCCUCAUCCAUCCACAGUCCAAAGUUGAAACACAACCAAAGCCACAAUGAGAAAACUCAAAUCAAAGAAAUAUCGUAUCAAAAAGAAACUCUCGGAGGAGCUCCAAGAAAUCGAGCUUCUGAAAUCGUGGAUCGAAUCCCAGCAACCCGAACGCGGCUCCAACCCCAUGUCUCUUCCCGAUUUGCCCUCAGACGCCCCUCUCGGUCGCGUCGGCAACCCCAACCGCUUUUCGCGGUACGCCGGCGCCACUAGGUUCGAGCAGCUGCCCAUCUCCAAGAAGACUAAGGACGCCUUACGCCAAUCCAAGUACGUUGUAAUGACCGAUAUUCAGAGGGCCGCUUUGCCCCAUGCCCUAUGUGGCAGAGAUGUUCGCGGUGCCUCCAAGACUGGAUCCGGGAAGACCCUAGCUUUCGUUAUACCGCUUUUGGAAAAAUUGUAUAGAGAGAGAUGGUGUCGUGACGAUGGUGUGGGUGUUAUCGUACUAUCUCCAACAAGGGAAUUAGCCAUUCAAACUUUUCUUGUGUUGAAUUCGGUUGGGAGGCACCAUGAUUUUAGUGCUGGUCUUCUAAUCGGGGGUCGAAAAGGAGUCAAAGAAGAGAAGGAGCGUGCAAAUAAGCUCAACAUAUUGGUUUGCACGCCUGGCCGGCUUCUUCAGCACAUGAAUGAGACUGAACAUUUUUUCUGUUCACAGCUUCAGGUUUUGGUCCUUGAUGAGGCAGAUCGUAUGCUCAGUGAUGCAAGUUUUAAGCCGGCAGUGGAGUUAAUCAUUAAAGAUCUACCUAAGGAUAGGCAAAUUUUUCUCUUUUCAGCAACUCAUCCAAAAGAUGUUAAGGAUCUUGCAACUCUCUGUUUGAAAGAUCCAGAGUUCGUCAGUGUGCAUGAGAAGUCUGUGACAGCCACUCCUACUAAUUUGCAGCAAACAUAUAUCAUCGUUCCUCUUCACCGAAAGCUAGACAUGUUGUGGGGCUUCAUAAGAAGUAACUUAAAAUCUAGGAUUCUAGUGUUUCUAUCAACCAGAAAACAGGUAGAAUUUGUAUACAAAGCAUUUGCAAAACUCCAACCCGGAAUACCUCUGAAGCGUAUUCAUGGUAAGAGGAAGCAAGAGGAAAGAAUGGAAACAGUCUCACAGUUUAGUAAGAACCCUAUAGUUCUUUUUUCGACUGAUGUGGCUUCAAGAGGCCUUGACUUCGACCAGGCAGUUGACUGGGUUGUUCAGGUGGAUUGUCCAGAAGAUGUUGCAUCUUACAUACACCGAGUUGGUCGAACUGCUCGCUUUGAUUCUGUAGGGAGAUCGCUUUUAUUUCUGAUGCCGUCUGAAGAAAAAAUGCUUGAUAAACUACAAGCAGCAAAAAUACCCAUUCGGGAAAAAAAGCCUAACAAGGACCUUGUGCAAUCACUGUCUAAAUUGUUGGCAUCUAAGAUAGUCCAGGACCCUGAUCUACUACGUGGUGUGGCUAAUAGGGCCGUUAUCACAUAUGUAAAGUCUGUUAAAAAACAGAAGGACAAAGAGAUUUUCGAUGUUAAAGAAUUACCAAUUGAUGAGUUUUCCAAAUCGAUAGGUCUACCGUUCCCACCCAGAAUGCGUUUUCUAUACAACGAAAUCAAUAAUUCCUCUAAGAAAGUGUCCGAACUAUCUCCCAUUGUUGAACCAGAAAAUUUGGACAAGGACAAUGAAUUGGAGCUGCUCCUAGAGGAGCUUGAUAUCAGUGAUUCUGGUGAAGAAGAUGGGGAGAAAGAUCCUUUUCAUACAAAUGAUACAGCAAAUGCCGCAGACUGGGAAGGAAGAAAAAUCGAACAUACUAUGUCGCCUUCUACAUUGUCAACUUGGGUUUCGAAGAAGAAGAAGAAGUUAAAAAUCAAUAUCCACAGACCAGUGGGAACUAGAGUUGUCUUUGAUGACGAAGGCAACUCACUACCGCCACUAGCAAGGCUGGCUGAUAUCAACAAUGCCAGAGCUCCGCUUGACCAAAUUCAAGGCAAGAAGACCGAAUAUUAUAAGAAGCUCAGGGAAGGUCUGAAGAAGGAGGACAAGGAUGACAAGGCUCAAUACCGCAAUCGCCGUCGUGAAAAACGCUUGAAGAAUAAGAUGAAGUGGAAGAGCGGAAACGCAGACGAGAAGGACGAGGAUGUUUCUGAUUCAGAAGGAGAGGCAUACUUAAAUCGACCCCACAAAAGGUCAAAGAUAUAUUUUGGCAGUGAUCAUGAUGAUGGUGAGAUAAAAGAAAGUAAGGAUAAAUUAGGGUUCAUUGCUGACUCAAUAUCUUUGGCGGAACAAGAGGCUGUUGCUCUCAAAGUGUUGAGUGCCAUGCACUCGUAGUGGUAGAAAAUAGGAAUUUGUUAGCUUGCUCCGAGGUAUCCUACAUUUUAAAGUUUUUGAUCGGUA